GCAGCGCGGCCGCCUCAUGCAGGAGGUGAAUCGGCAGCUGCAGGGUCACCUGGGCGAGAUACGCGAGCUCAAGCAGCUCAACCGGCGCCUGCAGGCCGAGAACCGCGAGCUGCGCGACCUCUGCUGCUUCCUGGACUCGGAGCGCCAGCGCGGGCGGCGCGCAGCGCGCCAGUGGCAGCUGUUCGGGACCCAAGCAUCCCGGGCCGUGCGCGAGGACCUGGGCGGCUGUUGGCAGAAGCUGGCCGAGCUGGAGGGCCGCCAGGAGGAGCUGCUGCGGGAGAACCUGGCUCUAAAGGAGCUCUGCCUGGCGCUGGGCGAGGAGUGGGGUCCCCGUGGCGGCUCCGGCGGUGCGGGGGGCCCAGGCGCAGGGCCAACACCCGAGCUCGCCCUGCCCCCCUGCGGGCCCCGCGAUCUAGGUGAUGGAAGCUCCAGCACCGGCAGCGUGGGCAGUCCCGAUCAGUUGCCCCUGGCCUGCUCCCCCGAUGACUGAGGGUGCUGCUUCCUCCACGCCGACGCCCGCCCGGAUUGCUUAUCGAUCGCCAGGACUGCUGCGGACCUUGGGACCUGGAUGCCACCGUGGCUGCGCAUGAGGGGCCGCUGGCAUUGGCUAAGAAACCCUGGCAUCGAGAAGGGCCCCUCGUUCUCGCUGGCGGGGAAGCAGGGGAACUGGAGGCUGGAGCGGAGGGACUGGCUGGGGGUUGGGUGGGAGCUAAUAAACCGGGACCGAAGCGGA